UGUUGAAAUAUGAGCAUGGUUUCGAGACUCCUCUUCAAAUCGAUAUUACCAAAAGCCCCAACCAAGCCCGACGAAGCGCCAGCUCUCCGCCAUGGCAAUUAGUGAGCUUCACGAGAAAGUACCUUUACAGGAAAGUACCGGCAACGACGGGCUGGAUCAGCAAUAUGGAGGUGGUCAUACGGGCAAAUGGGUUAGCCGCCUCCCGCCAUCGGCGAUUCCAUACAUACAAUUGGCUCGACUUAGCCCCCCUGUUGGGCUUAUUCUCAUCUAUAUUCCACAUUUCCUUGGUAUUCUCCACUCGGCCAUCCUGCAGCAGGGCUCAAGUCCCGCAGCCCUACGGACUGCCGCUGUCCUGCUGCUUGGGGGCAGUUUGUUCUGUUCCAAUGGCGCACAUAGUUGGAAUGAUCUGAUAGAUACUUCUGUCGACAAGUUAGUUGCUCGCACGCGCAAUCGUCCUAUUGCUCGAGGUGCAAUAUUACCCCGGGCUGCCUUCGUUUUUACUGCGACGCAAGCCGUUAGCGCUGCAGUAUUCCUUCUCGGCUUUCCAAAGCAGAAGGUCGCAGCCUAUUGGGCAAUGCCGAACAUCGCCGCUACGAUGUACUAUCCCUAUGCGAAACGUCAUACCUAUUUCGCUCAGUUUGUGCUGGGAUUCUGUCUUUCGUGGGGGGUUUUCAUGGGUGCUCUGGCGAUGGACGCGGAUCCCCUGGAGAGUUAUUCAACUACGUUCCUGUUCCUUGCAUGCAUCCUUUGGACGGUUAUCUACGAUACGAUAUACGCACAUCAAGAUGUUAAGGAUGAUACUAAAAUAAACCUAAAGAGCAUGGCGGUCUUAUGCGGGAAUAAAACAAAGUACUUACUUUGGGUCCUUUUGGGCGGCAUGCUGGCCCUGCUUUCUGCAAGUGGCUACCUGGCCCAGAUGGGACCCUGGUAUUACAUCCUGGCGGUUGGGGGCUGCUUUGGGUCCCUGGGAAUAAUGAUCUUGAAUGUGGACCUCGGGGAUUCGCUGAGUUGCUGGUUGUGGUUUAGAUAUGGGUUCUGGCUUGCUGGGGGGUCAAUGACAAUUGGGUUACUUUCGGAGUACCUACUAAGAUUGUAAAUAAGGGGACUAUAGGUCCAAGGCACGAUGGAACCUUUACAAGGAACUUAGGUGACCGAAGACGGGCUCUGGUAGCAACAGUACUACGCGGAUUUGGUAAGAUCAAUAGAGUCGCAUGUGUCGUUUAGGAAUAAAAGAGCCCAAAUUCUGGGAAAUCUGGAUACCGACAGCUGCAUCUAAGUGGUAUUUCUACAACACGUGCUGAGC